UCAGAGUCCCUUGUCUCUGUGUCUCUCUUGUCUCUCUUUCUCUCUUUCUCUCUUUCUCUCUAUCAAAGAAAAAAAUGGCAGAACCGACUACAACUUAUGAGGCACCGGAGAAUACAGUACCGGCGUUUAAGUCACCGGAAAAGCGCCGUACUAACAAAUAUGCAAUCUUCUGUGCCACCUUAGCUUCCAUGUCUUCAAUUUUAUUGGGCUAUGAUUAUGGAGUGAUGACUGGAGCAGCACUAUCCAUCAAAGACGACCUCCACUUAAACGAUACCCAAGUAGAAAUCCUAGUUGGAACUCUAGGCUUCUACUCUCUCAUUGGAUCAGCAGCAGCUGGAAGAACAUCUGAUUGGAUCGGACGUCGUUACACCAUAGUCUUCGCCGCUGUAAUCUUCUUCGUUGGAGCAUUAAUGAUGGGUCUCGCCGUAAACUAUGCCUUCCUCAUGGUAGGCCGCUUCAUCGCCGGAGUCGGAGUUGGUUACGCUCUCAUGAUUGCUCCUGUCUAUACGGCGGAGGUGUCACCCGCUUCCUGUCGAGGCUUCUUAACAUCCUUCCCGGAAGUCUUCAUCAACGGUGGAAUCUUGCUGGGCUAUGUCUCCAGCUACUUCUUCUCUAGGCUUCCACUCAAUUUGAGCUGGCGUUUCAUGCUUGGAAUCGGAGUGAUUCCGUCGGUGUUGUUGGGGAUUUGUGUACUCGCCAUGCCCGAGUCACCUCGUUGGCUUGUCAUGCAGGGUCGACUCGGGGAUGCCAAACGGGUUCUAGACAUGACCUCCGAUUCCAAAGAAGAGGCCCAGCUGCGACUCGCUGACAUCAAGGAGGCAGCACGGAUUCCACCAGAAUGUAACGAUGAGGUCGUGGCUGUAGCAAAACAAAGCCAUGGUGAAGGUGUAUGGAGGGAGCUCCUCCUCCGUCCCACACCGUCCGUCCGACGUAUCUUAAUCGCCGGCGUAGGAAUUCAUUUCUUCCAAGCAGCAACGGGGAUGAGUACUGUGGUGUUGUAUAGCCCACGGAUCUUCGAGAAAGCCGGAAUUACAAACACCAAUAAGAAGCUUGGAGCAACCGUGGCCGUCGGAUUCGUGAAGACGAUCUUUAUCUUAGUGGCCACCUUCCUCUUAGACAAGUUCGGAAGGCGACCGUUGCUUUUGACUAGCGUGGGAGGAAUGAUUAUCUCGUUGGUAUGUCUCGCGGUCGGGUUAAGGGUUGUGGAUACCCACCCGAAUGAGAAGAUAAUGUGGGCCAUGGCUUUGUGCAUAACGAUGGUCUUGGUUAAUGUGGCUUUCUUCUCAAUUGGGCUUGGGCCUGUUACGUGGGUUUACAACUCGGAGAUAUUCCCAUUGAAGCUGAGGGCCCAGGGAGCGAGUAUUGGAGUGGCUGCGAACCUGGUGACAGGUGGGAUUAUUUCAAUGACCUUUAUAUCCCUCUAUAAUGCCAUUACUAUCAGUGGGGCCUUCUUCUUGUUCGCCGGAAUAGCAACAGUGGCAUGGGCUUUCUUCUUUACAUUCUUGCCGGAGACACAAGGGAAGACCUUGGAGGAGAUGGAGGGGCUGUUUAGUAAGUUUAACUGGAGGGACUCCAUCAACAACCGUAGCAACCAGGGUAAAAAAGCCACGGUCACCACUAACGGUGACGUUCAGAUGGGUACUAAAGGGUAGGCCUGGUUAGUUUGGUCUUUUCGCAACACAAGAAUUUAGAACAUACCUUUCCGUACUUUUUUUUUUAGUUUUCUACAACUAAAGUCGCCAAUCAGGGGUUUUAAUGGAUUGGCAAAAGAAAAGUCAGUGACGUGGUAAGGGUUGUUGAUACAUUUGAGAGAUAUACCCAUCGAAUCAAUGUAAUGAUUUUUCUGCCAAAAAAAAAAAAAAAAUCAAUGUAUUGAUUUGAAAGUGAAAUCCAUGGCCGUAAGAAGUUUGGAAAAGAAAAAUAUCUAAUUGAGGAUUGCUUGCUCCAUGUAUCCAUCAAAUCGAAUCGACCCCAAUUAGUAGGGAUAAGGUUAUGAUUAUUGUUGUUGAGGUUUGUUUGUUCUGUAAAUAUUGUACUCAAUGGAGUAUGGACAUUAAUUGGUAAUCAAGUUGAUGACUUGCACAACCAUUAGUAUACAA